GGAGCUCUCAGGCAACGCCAGGGGCUGGACGCUCACGGAGGGGAGGCUGCUAAACGUCGGGGUUGCCUCUGCUAUGGCAAAAAUCAUCUUGCGGCACCUCAUUGAGACCCCAGUGCGCUAUCAGGAGGAGUUUGAAGCUCGAGGCUUAGAAGACUGCAGACUGGAUCACGCGCUCUACGCACUGCCGGGACCAACCAUCCAGGACCUGAGGCAAGCCAGAGGCACGCCGCGGGCUCUCGUGGAAGACCCAGCCUCCGCUGAGACGCUGCCGCCACCUGGAGAAGGCAAAUCCCGCUUCCAGAUCCUGCUGGAUGUGGUCCAGUUCCUUCCCGAGGACAUCAUCAUCCAGACCUUCGAGGGCUGGCUGCUGAUCAAGGCACAGCACGGAGCCAGAAUGGACGAGCACGGCUUUAUAUCACGGAGUUUCACCAGACAGUACAAACUGCCAGAUGGCGUCGAAACCAAAGAUCUAUCUGCCAUCCUCUGUCACGAUGGAAUCCUGGUGGUGGAAGUAAAAGACCCACUAGGGAUCGUGUGAAACCUUUUUGGUUCCUGCUCGUACCACAGGUGGAAGAUGAAAGCCAGUGACAACCGGGGAAU